AUGAACCGAUUUAGAAUAAGUUACCGCAACGAGUUUAAGUUCAAGUGGUUGAAAAUCCAAUACGAUCGCAGGACCAGAGCGAAAAAAGUAGCUGAGGAAGAAUUGUUUUCACUUAAGAAAGAAUAUGAGGAAAAUGCAAGAGAAUGGAUAAGAAAAUUGAAGAAAGUGAGGGAUGAACGCGAAAAUGAUCAAAAACAGUGGGAUGAAGAGAGAAACAAUCUUAUUGCUCAACUUGGAGAUGCAACAGAAUCAUCCAAAAUGUACAAUGAUCUUUCACGGGAGUANGAAAAUUGA